UUCAUCACAAUUUAUCAGCAACAUAGGCCUACUCUCUCUUUGCAAAGAGACUAUUGAUCAUAGUUUAAUCUGAGGGUUACCAUGCUUCAGAUGAGUGGUAAGAUUGCGACUGAGGGACCUUCAUCGUAAGGAUUCAUAUGUGAUGUAUUGAUUGAAGAACCGAGCCAAGUCUUCAGAUCUGACAUGCCGUCAUCAGAUAUACCCAAAGAACGCAGCAGACAACGUGUCCAUGAUCCCAUUGAAGCUUGGCACCCACAAAAUGAUAUGUGGAGCCAUGAAACCAAUUUGGAAGUAGAUGAAAACAAAAGCCUUUUGGAAAACAAUGACAAUGGAUUAUCGGAACCUGAUCAUAAAGUAGUCCUUACAAAUGAUUUCAAUAACAUUAUCUUGCUCUUAUUCCUUUAUGUCCUGCAAGGAAUUCCACUUGGCUUGGCUGGGAGCAUCCCACUUAUACUACAAAGCAAAAAUGUUAGUUAUUCAGACCAAGCUAUUUAUAGCUUUGUGUUUUGGCCUUUCAGUCUUAAACUACUGUGGGCACCCUUAGUGGAUGCUGCAUAUUUUCCAACCUUUGGGCGGAGGAAAUCUUGGUUGGUGCCAACUCAGUAUUUUUUGGGCCUUUUUAUGCUUUGUCUGUCAUUUGAAGUGGAUGAAUUAUUGAAGAGUGAUGAACAUACUAGCCCUGAUAUUGUUAAACUUACAGUUGUGUUCUUUAUAUUUGGAUUUCUGGCUGCCACUCAGGAUAUAGCAGUGGAUGGCUGGGCAUUGACUAUGCUAUCCAAAGAAAAUGUAGGACUUGCUUCUACUUGCAAUUCAGUUGGACAGACAGCAGGGUACUUUCUGGGUAAUGUACUCUUCUUGGCAUUGGAAUCAGCAGAAUUUUGCAACACAUAUCUACGUUCUCAAUCUCAACCAACUGGAAUUGUCACUCUAUCAGGUUUUCUGUUCUUCUGGGGAAUAAUUUUCUUGGUGACAACAACCUUGGUUACAGUGCUUAAAAAGGAAAACUUGAGACAAACAUCAUUGCAUGAUGCCCCUCAGCAAGGAAUCAAGGAAACCUACAAAUCGCUCAUAUGUAUAAUAAAGAUGCCUGCCAUCUUAAAUUUCUGCAUCAUGUUGCUAACAGCAAAAAUUGGAUUUGCAGCUGCAGAUGGAGUAACUGGAUUGAAGUUGGUUGAAUUGGGUGUGCCUAAAGAGCAGUUGGCUCUCCUUGCAGUGCCUAUGGUUCCUCUGCAAAUAUUAUUGCCAUUUGUGAUAAGUAAAUACACGGCAGGUCGAAAACCUCUGAAUGUUUUUUACUGGACAAUGCCAUUUAGGUUAUUUAUGGGUAUGAUAUUUGCUUUACUGGUUUUUUGGACUCCUACAGUGAAGCAGGGCACAGAGUUUCCUGUUUAUUAUUAUGGAGUACUGCUGUUCAGUUAUGCCUUGCAUCAGGUGACUGUCUAUAGCAUGUAUGUUGCAGUCAUGGCAUUUAAUGCUAAAAUUAGUGACCCUUCAAUUGGAGGAACAUACAUGACUUUAUUGAAUACUGUUUCCAAUCUUGCUGGAAACUGGCCAGCUACGUUAGCUCUUUGGCUGGUGGACCCACUUACAGUCAAGAAAUGCAUUGGUGCACCUGAACAAAGUUGUGGAUCUGCAAUUGGUUCUGAACUUUGUGCAAAGUUUGGUGGUUCCUGUUCAACUGCAACUGAUGGCUACUAUGUAGAAUCUAUAUUAUGCAUUGUAAUUGGGUUCACGUGGUGGCUUUAUUUUGGAAACAAGUUCAGAAAUCUUCAGGAUGAGCACCCAUCCACAUGGCAAUGCAAGAGGAAUAAUUGAGCAGUGAAGAUGUCAGCUUUUGAAUAAAUUGAUCAACAAAGAACCCAUCUCCCUGUUCAGGUGGCUAUGCAAAAUAUUGUGGCACGAUCUGAAGAAGAGAUGUGUUUUCCAGUGUUCUGACCAACUUUCUUCCAUUAACCAAAACUACCAAAAACAGAUGUUUGUUCAAAUUAUUAGUUGUUUAUUGGAUAUUGUUGUGUGCUAAUUAGCUGCUAUAUAUGUCUGUGUAAUAACAGUAAAAACAAUUUAUUGACAAUUCCUUUUGUGACAUUCUGCUUUGAUGAGACGAUAUAAAUUAACUAUUUUUGGAAACAGUUUGUUUGCAUAAAAUCACAAAUGUUUUGGUUAACGUUGUUUGUGAACUUUAUUUAUUUGGCAAAUUCCUUUCUGUACUUAAUGAUUAUUUUGCACGUUAUAUUCCUUUUUACAUUUUGAUUUUUUUUCAGUUUUGUUAGAUCUGUUCAAUCCUAAAUCAUAAAGACAAAAUUGAAGAACCA